UGAGCGUCGUAUACUCUCACACUCACACACAAUUGAACCAUCACUAUCACCCAUCACAGCAUUCAAAGAUGACCGCUCCGGGACAGACGUGGUCUUCUCAACCAUAUCUAGAUCAUAUCUCUGCUGGACCAUCGUAUGGAGGACAUUCAGACGCAUUCGAUGAUGCAAGAAAGCAUACCCAACAACCAAUCGUGACCGGAACUUCAAUUCUGGCUAUUAAAUAUCGCGAUGGAAUUAUGAUGGCAGCUGAUACUUUGGCUUCUUAUGGAAGUUUGGCACGCUUUAUGGACGUCAGAAGAAUCACAUCUGUCGAAGGUGCCAAUUCUAUCAUCGGUUGCAGUGGUGAUCAAAGCGAUUUCCAAUACAUUCAACAUUCGAUCGAUAAAUUAAUGCUGCGAGAAUUUAAUGCAGGAGAUGGACAUACGCUCACCCCUCCUCAACUAUACAGAUCUCUGUCACGUAUGAUGUACGCACGUAGAAGCAAGGUUGAUCCUUUGUGGAACUCGCUCGUUUUGGCAGGAAUCGAUCCUACAACAGGUGUACCUUUCUUGGGUUAUGUAGAUCUUUUGGGCACCACAUAUCAAAGCAGUACAAUUGCAACAGGUUUCGGUUUGCAUCUUGCACAACCACUUUUACGCAAAGAAGUUGAAGGAAGGGAACAUGAGAUUGAUGAAGCAAGAGCAAGAGAAAUUUUGGAAAAUUGUAUGAGAGUUUUGUUUUACCGUGAUGCACGUAGUUUGAACCGAUUCCAAAUCGCAAAAAUUACAAAAGAAGGAGCAGAGAUUGGAGAGCCAAUGAGCACAUCAACCAAUUGGGCUUUCGCUGAAGGAUUGCGUGGAUAUGGACCACAAACCCAAUGAUGUAUUCAUUUACCAGCAUAUAUUUCAUGUGUGUCAAUGUAUUCAUUCUAGACAGCGAGGCUUCAAAUGCGUGAUAUAAGCGUGCUGUACUAAUUGCUUAACACAGACUUCUGCAAACGUAUGAUAUGAAAAUGGUGUUAAUAGAAUCGUAUUUUAUAC